GCGGAAUCUAUGAUUUGGAGACGGGCAAUGUGGAAUUCUUGGGAAAGAGCCCGCAGCAGGCCCAGCUGCUGGAGUCCAGCAUGCCUCUCCCGCCUUCGAUGUUGAGCGGCGCCCCGCAGCGCUAUCCCACCGUCUUCGACGCGAUGCCUGGAGACCUCUUCGCGCUCCGCAGCCGGCAGAAGGGAGCAUUGUUGGCAGCCUGGAGUUCUGCACCGGCAAGUUGGGCGCCCAGCUUGUCCUGGCCACCGGGCAGUGCCCUCGAGGGCCUUUUGCAGGGCUUGGCUGGGGUGGCGCAGCAGGCCAGCGAGGACUUGGGCCCAGGGGCUCAGGAGGCCAAGCUCAUCGCUCACGCCGUGAAGGUGAACGUCUUCCAAAUGAACUUCCUCUUGAAGUUCUCUGAGCUGCUGCGCGACCUGGUGCGCAAAGGGGACCUGCAGAUCCAGGGAGGCAUCUAUCACCUGGCCUCAGCCGGCAAGGUUCUCCAGAGCAUGCGUGCGGAUUUGAACAAGAUGGGUCAGGCUCCCCACACUGCUCUGGUUGGUUGUGCAGAUUCCCGCGCGGCCCUGGAAACCGUCUUCGAUGCCUUUCCUGGAGACCUCUUUGUCCUGCGCAAUGCUGCGAACACCUGUACGCAUGCUGAGGGCAGCGUGCUCGGCAGCCUGGAGUUCUGCACCG